AUGAGCUUUUAUUCAAACCUACCGUCUGCAGGACAAUCUAGUCGAGGGUCUUCAACAAGCGGUCGAAAUGGGGUGGGAUUAGAACCAUUGUAUCCGACUAUCUUUGAGAUAAUGUCAUCACAAGAAAUCGAUUCGUUACUGCCCGCAUCCAUCCGUUAUCUACUGGCAAAUCAUUUAGUGGCGAACUUCCCUAACAGGUAUACUUUGCGGCUGAACAAGUACUUUUUUGAGUGGUUUCAAGCGAUAAAAGGGUUUGUUGAAUGGUAUCAUCUAAAGACAUACAAUUCUACGUUUAUUGAUCGGUUUUAUGGAUUGCAACUAUUUAGUUCGAGGGACAGAAAUCUUGCCUUAACACAAUGUUUAAAUCCAAAGGGCCAGAGUGAAUGGCCCCAAGGUUUGCAGCUGAAUCAACAGCAAAAGAGUGUUAUUUUUUUGGAAAAAAUUAUUCUCCCCUAUAUCACAGCGAAGUUGGAUGAAAUAUUAGAGAAAAUAUCAAUGAAUAAUAUAUUCAGCAGCGAUGAAACUGAAAAUAAAUGGCCCAAGAGAGCGUUUCUAAGAAUUUAUCCAUUUAUUAAGAAAUUAUUAGCGUUAUCCAAUUUACUCGUUAAAUUAUUAUUUUUAACUAAAAGAACAGGGUCGGUUUCCUUGUUGCAAUACUUAUUCAAGAUAGAGUACACAACGGUAAGACCACUAUCGUCAGAACUCUCUGGUCUCAAAGAGACGAAAGGGAUGGAUAAUAGGCUAAGGAAAACAAAUAUAUCGUCAAUUUUCGCGCUAAUGCAAGGACAAUUAUCGAUUAUACCCAGAUUUUUAACAUUUAUGGGUUCGCAAUUCUUCCCCACUUUUAUAUUUGUCCUAAGAGUGUACCAAUGGUGGACCACACAAGACAUGACUACUAAAUUGCAGAAAAGGGUCAAUGACUUGGAUGAAGAUAUUCCAAGGCCGCCUUUCUCCUCACAUAGUGACAAAACGGAAGAUAAAGAGGGAGUUUCUGAGGCCUGUCCCGUUUGCGAAAAAACUGUACAAAACCCCUGUGUAUUGGAAACAGGAUACGUGGCAUGCUACCCGUGUGCCAUAAGCUAUUUGGUUAAUAAUGAAGGCCAUUGUCCCGUUACCAAUAAAAAGCUGCUGGGUUGUACAUACAACAAACACACGAAUAAAUGGGAAGUUGUGACAGGUAUUAGGAAGCUACUAAUCUGA